GUUUCUUCAUCUCAUUCUCUCUCCACAUUUCUGCAUCUACACAGAGACAGCCAAAGAGGCAUAAACAAAGGAACUGCUGCCUCUUCUCCCAAGUGGUAAAAAUCGAAGCCUACCCCAUACUCUCUUCUUCCUUUCCCCUACCAUGGUUUCUUCUUCCAUUACAUUCACCUUCCUACCUCCAACCUAGUUCUAAAGAUAAGGCAUUGCCAACCCAAGCACCCGAUCACUAUCUUCUUCCCCUCUAUGAUCGCCUCCGGCACCGACAUCGCCCCCUCCUUCGGCGUCGCCGGCGGCUUCUUCUCCCGGAUGAUGGCGGGGGCACAACCGAAUGCAGCCGUCGCGGUCACAGCCUUGGCGGGCCUCGCUGUCCUCCUCGUUCUCUUCUACUCUGCCCGUAGGUAAAACCCCAAUCACGUUCUCUUAUUCCCACAAUUUCGAAUUCAUCUAUAAGCCCCAAUUCCAUUUUAUUUGCUUAGUAAAACGGAAAAUCUACCCUAUUCCAUUCUGCCCUCUCCUCAAUUUUCCAUCCAUGAGAGCGCUUAAACGAACUCCAACUUCGUCGUCUCCGGAUCCCAAUUCGAAUUCUCCUCCUUCUUCGUCUUCCCCGUCCUCAGCUUUGUCCUCAGCGUCAUCGUCAUGGGUUCAUUUGCGUUCGGUUCUAUUCGUUGUCACUUCCUCUUCACCGGCUUCUUCUUCCUCAUCUGAUCGGGGACGCCUUAAAUCGCCAUGGUCACGCAAGAAAAGAAAGCACGCACUUUCACCGCAACAAUGGAGAAGUUUGUUCACGCCAGAUGGGAGGCUUCGAGAUGGUGGCAUCAAGUUUUUAAAAAAAGUUCGCAGUGGAGGUGUAGAUCCAAGUAUUAGAGCAGAGGUCUGGCCGUUCCUUCUUGGAUUGACUAAUCUUUGUGACGCCCUCAUUUUAAAGAUUCACGUCAUGCUAUAUGGUCAUACUUGCUGUGCUGCUUUGCUUGAUUUUGUUCAGCAUCAUGUGGUGUGCGAAGUGUGUAUUGACAUAACUACUUGUGUUUUCAACAGCUAUGACUUGAGCAGUUCUGAAGAAGAAAGAGAUGCCGUUAGAGUACAGAAGAGGAAAGAAUAUGAAAGACUUCGCAAACAAUGCCGAUCCUUACUGAAGUUUGGGGAUGGGUGUAUAAAGUUGAAUGAUGAUGAGAUGAACUUUAACAAGGAGGGGGACGCUCAGCUUGUGUCUCAUGGUGAUGACUCUCCUAGUUUGGAAGAUGUGGGUAGUGCCAGAGAAUCUAUUUCUAGUGAUGAAAGGGGCACUAACUUUAGAUACUUGGAUGGAAGCUCGGAGGUUUUGUUGGAAGAGGAUAAUAGUUCUAGACAGAUGACAAAUGCUGAUGUUUCGGUUCUAAAUACUGAAUCAUCUGACUCAGAUUCUUCUGAGGAUCCUGAAGUUAGUCAAACAUUUCCUUCCUCUGAUGGUAGAGAAGAUAAUGAUCCUGUUUUCACUUCGAAAAAUUCGUCUCCCUUGGUAACAGAGGUUACAUCAAAAUUUCGUGGUAAUGAAGAUUUUACAACAUGGCAGCGGAUCAUCCGCCUUGAUGCGGUACGUGCAAAUGCAGAAUGGAUAGCCUACGCACCAUCCCUAGCAGCAGUAUCAGAUGAUAAGGCUAGAUAUUCCGCCGAGGUUGUUGGUUUGAAAGAUUAUGAUCACCUAGAGUCCUGCAGGAUCUUUCAUGCUGCUAGAUUAGUGACGAUUCUUGAAGCUUAUGCUCUUUAUGAUCCUGAAAUUGGGUAUUGCCAGGGAAUGAGUGAUCUGCUUUCUCCAAUAAUCACUGUGAUAACUGAAGAUCACGAGGCUUUCUGGUGCUUUGUGGGCUUCAUGCGGAAAGCUCGGCAUAACUUUAGGCUUGAUGAGGUUGGGAUUCGAAAGCAACUGAACGUCGUCUCUAAAAUCAUCAGAUUCAAGGACUCCCACCUUUACAGACACCUACAAGACCUUGAAGCGGAGGAUUGCUUUUUCGUUUAUAGGAUGGUUGUGGUACUUUUUAGAAGGGAAUUAACAUUUGAACAGACGCUGUGCCUUUGGGAGGUGAUGUGGGCUGAUCAGGCAGCUAUUAGAGCUGGUGUAGGUAAAUCUGCUUGGAGCAGGAUUAGGCAACGAGCCCCACCCACGGAGGAUCUGUUGCUCUACGCAAUUGCUGCCUCGGUAUUGCAGAAGAGGAAAUUGAUUAUAGAGAAAUACUACAGCAUGGACGAAAUUAUAAGGGAGUGUAACAGCAUGGCCGGGCAACUUGAUGUUUGGAAACUAUUGGACGAUGCUCAUGAUUUGGUGGUGACCCUCCAUGAGAAGAUCGAAACCUCGUUUAACGAGUAAAUGCCUAAUUGUUGGGUUGCUAAUUAACGUGCCAUUCUUCUGCUCGGAGAAAGUGCUUCUCUCUUUGCUUAUUCGAGGGUGCAGAAGGAUGUUUCUUUUGCUCACUCAAGCUCACUCAAGUUGUAGCGACAGAUUUUAGUGAUGUAUCACUAUAAUUGGCAUAAAAUUGCAUCCUCGCCUUCAUCUAUUUCACAGUGGCUGUCGUAACAAGCAGUAAACGGGAGUAGUGUAUCGAGAUGCUCGAGUCAAUGAAUCUUGAAAAGUAGGAAGUAUCUGGUUCUUGGUGUAUCUUUAGCUGGAGUAAUAAUAACUUUUGUUCUCGAUCCAUGAGUUAAUUUUUCUGUUGACUUGGUUCGUGUACCUCUAAUCUUGUUCCAGUUGACCCAAAAUCAGUAUUCAGGUGAUUUUGUCGAUA